AUGGAUACAACACUAUUUAUGAAGAAGAUUAACAAUCUCACUUUGCUAGUUCAAAUCUAUGUGGAUUACAUUAUCUCCGACUCCACCAAUGAAACCUUGUGUGAAGAGUUCUUAAGCAUGAUGCAGAGAGAGUUUGAAAUAUCCAUGAUGGGUAAACUUAAUUAUUUCCUUGAUUUGCAAAUCAAACAAGCAAAUAAUGGAAGAAUCAUAAAUCAAUCAAAGUAUUGCAAAGAACUUUUGAAAAAGUUUAAUAUGGAUAAAUGCAAAGAAAUUGUCACUCCAAUGAUUUCAAGCACUUAUGUUGAUCAAGAUGAAUCUGGAGUUAUAAUUGAUAUAGCUAGAUAUAGAGGCAUGACUAGUUCAUGGCUUUAUCUUACUGCUAGUAGGCCUGAACAAUAUUUAGUAUUUGUUUAUGUGCUCAUUAUCAAUCUUUUUCAAAAGAAUCUCAUAUAUCUUAUAUCAAAAGGAUCAUGA